GGAGCCGCGGGGCCAGCGAGCUGAGGAGCAGGUGCUCGAAGCCCAGCCGCGCCAGCGUCGCGCGGCCGCUGCCCAAGUUCGCCCGGGGCCCAAAGCGGGCCGGGCAGCCCGGAGAGGAGCGCAGCCGGCGCCGCCGCCACCGCGGGCUUGGAGUCUCGAGAAGAGAAGGGCGUAAGGAGCAGCGAGUUCGGGUCACCCCGGGAAGGUGUAAGCCGGGGCUCCGCAGUCCCCAGCUCCUGGCGCCGCUGGGGCAGGGAGAAGAGGCAGCGGACAGCGAGGCCCGGCUUCUCUGGAGACUCAAGGCACCCUGGAGAGCCGGGUGACGAAGCGACACUUCCCUCUGGCCGGCCUCCUCGACGGGGCCCAGCAGCCAGCAGCCUCUGGCAGGACGCCCUGAGAGCCCCCAGCCCCAAGCGAGAGCGGGCACCGCGCAGCGCAGGGCUCGGGCGCGAGACUCAAGGGGAGCCUUAGCUAGUCUCGGCGGAGCUCAGCCCAGGAGCAGUGAGAGGGACCUGGAGGGAAGGGAAAGAAGACAGCAGCCAACAGAGCGACCACUCACCCCAGUACACACCCACCCCACCUGCCGAGCCAGGGGCCGCGGGGAGCCUCUGGGGGCGCUCGUUCCCUGGCGACUUCUCUCCCGUGUCCCAACACCGCUGGACUACGGGCCGGGCUGCUGGGGUCCUGGGGAAUGUCCAAAUCAGGCAUGGUGGCCAAGUGGCUGCUCUCCCGCGACCAGCGUAAGAGCUGGGGUUAGGCGGAGCAGGGGGGACUCCGUUCAGGGUUCCCCGAGGUCCAGGACGAAGGGAAGUGGGCGCAGCACCCAGGGACUGGAGAGACGGCGCCUGCCGGGGGCCCAUGCCGAGGUAGUGGCCGGCGUCGGGCAUCCUUCAGGAAGACUAGGGAGCAGGAAGUCUAGGGAGGCGCUCAGAGAGGCCAGUGCCAGCGGCGGCGGGCCGAGGCGGCGCUCAGUCCCGGGCGGGAGCCCGCGGAGGCGGCAGCGGCGGCGCCGGGCGGGCAUGCCGCGCCACCGGAGCUCCUUUCGGGCGCACGCUUCCCUAGCGCGGGCUGCGCGCGGCUGCUGCUGCUGCUGCUGCUGCUUCUGCUUCCACUGCUGCUGCGGACUCCCAUGGCGGCUCCGCCCGGCCGGGGCCGCCGCCGCUGCCGCCAGCCGCGGGCUGAAUGAAUGAGCCGGAGCAGCGGAGCCGGGCUGCCCCCGGCCGCGCUCACCGGCCCGGGACGCUUCCGCAUGGCCCGCGAGGAGCCGGCGCCGGCGGCGGUGGCGGCGGCCGGGCAGCCCGGGGGUGGCAGGGGCGGCGUGCGCGAGCUGGCGCUGCAGGGGCCAGGGGUCGCCCGCAGGGGGCGGCCGUCGCUGAGCCGCGCUAAACUGCACGGGCUGCGGCACAUGUGCGCCGGGCGCACGGCGGCCGGGGGCUCCUUCCAGCGGCGGGCGCUGUGGGUGCUGGCCUUCUGCACGUCCCUUGGUUUACUGCUGUCCUGGUCCUCAAACCGCCUGCUCUACUGGCUCAGCUUCCCGUCGCACACGCGGGUGCACCGCGAGUGGAGCCGUCAGCUGCCCUUCCCCGCCGUCACCGUGUGCAACAACAACCCGCUGCGCUUCCCGCGCCUCUCCAAGGGGGACCUCUACUACGCCGGCCACUGGCUCGGGCUGCUGCUGCCCAACCGCACGGCGCGCCCGCUGGUCAGCGAGCUGCUGAGGGGCGACGAGCCGCGGCGCCAGUGGUUUCGCAAGCUGGCCGACUUCCGCCUCUUCCUGCCCCCGCGCCACUUCGAGGGCAUCAGCGCCGCCUUCAUGGACCGCCUGGGCCACCAGCUGGAGGACAUGCUGCUCUCCUGCAAGUACCGCGGCGAGCUCUGCGGCCCGCACAACUUCUCCUCCGUGUUUACAAAAUAUGGGAAGUGUUACAUGUUUAACUCAGGCGAGGAUGGCAAACCUCUGCUCACCACGGUCAAGGGGGGGACAGGCAACGGGCUGGAGAUCAUGCUGGACAUUCAGCAAGAUGAAUACCUGCCCAUCUGGGGAGAGACAGAGGAGACGACAUUUGAAGCGGGGGUGAAAGUGCAGAUCCACAGCCAGUCUGAGCCGCCCUUCAUCCAAGAGCUGGGCUUUGGGGUGGCUCCAGGCUUCCAGACCUUCGUGGCCACGCAGGAGCAGAGGCUCACCUACCUGCCCCCGCCGUGGGGCGAGUGCCGAUCCUCAGAGAUGGGACUCGACUUCUUUCCUGUUUACAGUAUCACCGCCUGUAGGAUCGACUGUGAGACCCGCUACAUCGUGGAGAAUUGCAACUGCCGCAUGGUCCACAUGCCAGGGGAUGCCCCUUUCUGUACCCCCGAGCAGCACAAGGAGUGCGCAGAGCCUGCCCUCGGUCUGCUGGCAGAAAAGGACAGUAAUUACUGUCUCUGCAGGACACCCUGCAACCUGACUCGCUACAACAAAGAGCUCUCCAUGGUGAAGAUCCCCAGCAAGACAUCAGCCAAGUACCUUGAGAAGAAAUUUAACAAAUCAGAAAAAUAUAUCUCAGAGAACAUCCUGGUUCUGGAUAUAUUUUUUGAAGCUCUCAAUUACGAGACAAUAGAACAAAAGAAGGCGUAUGAAGUUGCUGCCUUACUUGGUGAUAUUGGUGGCCAGAUGGGAUUGUUUAUUGGUGCUAGUAUCCUCACAAUACUAGAGCUCUUUGAUUAUAUUUAUGAGCUGAUCAAAGAGAAACUAUUAGACCUGCUUGGCAAAGAGGAGGAUGAAGGGAGCCACGACGAGAACAUGAGCACUUGUGAGACGAUGCCAAACCACUCUGAAACCAUCAGCCACACUGUGAACGUGCCCCUGCAGACGGCCCUGGGGACCCUGGAGGAGAUCGCCUGCUGACAGCCCUCGGAACGCCCGGCGCCCCCAGCCGACCGUGAGGCCCAGGACCCAGGAUGGGGGACAGCAGGCUCAGGCAGGAUGGCCCCUGACGACCGAAAGAAGCAAGA